AUGACAUCAAUCGAGAAGUUGUUGGUACAGGGUAUUAGAAGUUUCAAUCCAGACGAAUGUACUGUGAUUGAUUUCUACAAGCCAUUGACAUUGAUAGUUGGUGCCAACGGUGCUGGUAAAACAACCAUUAUAGAAUGCUUAAAGUAUGCAUCUACUGGUGAGAUGCCACCUAAUUGUGCGAAUGGACAGGCAUUCAUACAUGAUCCAAAGAUUGCAGGUAGUGCAGAGGUCAAAGCACAGAUAAAGAUGCGAUUCAAGAAUCCACAUGGCAAGCCUAUUGUAGCCACUAGGGCACUAUGCCUCAUUCAAAAGGCAAUGAACAAACAAGAGUACAGGCAACUGGAUGCCUCAUUACAGAGCUUCAAUGCUGAUGGACAAAAAGUUAGCAAGAGUCUUAGAUGUGGAGACUUGGAUAAGGAGAUACCAGAGUUGAUGGGAGUGUCAAAGCCAGUGUUGAAGAAUGUGAUCUUUUGUCAUCAGGAGGAGUCUAAUUGGCCAUUGUCAGAGAGUGCAAAGUUAAAGGUCAAGUUUGAUGAGAUAUUCAAUGCGGUGCGCUACACCAAGGCACUAAAGUCAACAAAGGACAAGCGAAAGGAUAUCACGGCGUUGCUCAAGGAACAGAAGCUAAAGCUCGAGGUGGUCAGCACCAACAGGGACCACGCCACAAGGAUCAGCAAGGAGAUCGCGACCAUGGAGGACAACCUCAAGAAGCUGAAGGACUUUGUCAAGCAGAUGGCCGCACAGCUCAAAGAGAAGAGGGCCCAGCACGACACGAUUGGCGCAGCCAUGAAGCAGAUUGAGACGGCAUCGAUUGAGCUCAAGACGAUGGAGUCGCGCAAGAUGGAAAUUGAGCGCUCCAAGGACAGACUGUACAACUCACUGCAAGAGGUCUUUGAGGAGCCGGACGAGGAGCUCAUCUUCAUGGGCAAGUCAUUCAACGAUGAGAUGGAGACCAUGACAAAGGCCGAGGCAGACCUCACCGAAAACCUGGUCAAGCUGCAAACCGAGAAGGAAGCGCUGUCCACCAGAAAGAACAAGAUCAGCAUCGAGAUUGGCAAGCUCGAGCAAUUGAUGAAGCAGGUCGAACAGCUCCAAUCAAACCGCGACAAGCAGGCCGCCGACCUGCUCGACCGCUACAAGCUGCAGUUCGACAAGGACACACAGUCGCCUGCCGAAUUGAUCGAUGUGCUCAACGUGAAGCUCGAGGAGAUAUCGGCUGCGAUCAAGUCCACUCAGACAUCUUUCCAGACACGCAUCGAUCAGUGUGAUGGCGAGGUGCAGAGCAACAUUGCCCAGCGCCAGAAGCUCGAGGAGCGACUGUAUCAGUAUCAGUUGCAGAUCGAUGCCAACAACAAGAAGCUGGACGCACUCAAGAUGGAGGCCAAGAAGGUGCAGUCGCUCAGUGAGCGUGCCAGCGAGUUCUUACAGGCCAUCGACAGAGCCGAGCGCGAGAUCGAGGCACUCGAAGCCAAGCACUCAAGUGUGGACUAUGAGCAACAGAUUGCCAAAUCGAUCAAGCAGCGCGAGGACAUAGAGGCGAGCAUGACAUCAAUGCGCGAUCUUAUCAAAGUGGCCAACACACAGUCUUCCGCGCGCACAAAGCUCGCCGUCAAGAAGAAUGAUCUGAGCAAGAGGCACGCAACACACGACGCGGCACUCAAUGACAACAGACAGUUGAUCAGCGAGCUGUUUGAAGGCGAGCCCGACAUUGACAUGCACAAGCUGCGGGACCAUGUCCACGCGCGAAUCGAGCAGCUGGACAGCGAGCGCAACGAGAAGAACGAGGAGCAUACUGACAUCACGCAUCAGAUCAGUCAAAUUGAGAGCGAGCUAAAGAUGGUGCAACAAGAGAGGAACAACAAGCAGGCACAGGUCAAGGCGCUCGAGAAGAAGCUGAGCGAUCUGGACGAGAAGGACCGCACGGACUUGGCCAGCAUCAUCGAGCAACUCGCUCACAACCUGCAUCAGUUGGAGCGAUCACAUACCAUCCUCGAGUCUGAAGACGUGUUGUACAAGGAGUACAUCGACAAAGCUCACUCAGAGAGUGAGUGUGGCCUGUGCAAGCGAUCAAUGGCUGGCGACGAGAUGGAUGAGUUUGUGCAGCGACUCAAGACUCACACGGACGACCUCCCCACCAAGCUGGACGAGAUCACCACCAACAUACAGACGACACGUGAUCGCCUCAAACGAUUAAGCGAAGCCAAGCCACACAACGACCAGUUGAUACAACUCACCCAGGUGGACAUUGUCGCGCUAAUCAAACGCGAGAAGGAGAUCAAUCAGAGCAUGUCGGACAACCUGCAGCCCAUGAAGAAGGAGCUCAGCCAGCAACUAUCAGUCUUGGAUCAAAAGCUAAAGAUGGCUGCCAAGCUAGCGGUUGUGGCAUCAUCACAAUCAACGCUGCUCAAUGAGAUCACUCAGCUCGAGAAGGAUAUUGCCGCCGAGGAGAAGUCACUCGGUGGUGGCAGCUCAGCGGACACACGAUCAGCCGAGCAACUGAACCACGAGUACGACACAAUGGUUCAACAAUACAACUCGAUACGAAGCGAUAUUGAACGGCUGGAGGCCGAGCUGAAGAAGUACCGCGCCGAGCUCUACACACAUCAACAGGCGAUAUUGUCGUGUCGCGAGAACAUCUCUGCGGAGAAGGGGUCGACCGAGAUCCUUGAGCGCAUCAGACAGAGUGAGAAGGAGUUGUUGGCGACCGUUGACCAGCUGCGCCAGACCGUGAGCUCGAUCAACGUUGAGCUGGACACUCUGAAGCAGCAGUUCACCACGGACAAUGAGCAGUUGCAAUUGCUCAGGAGUCAACUGGAGGCCAAGUCCUCGGCGCUUACCAAGGAGAAGACGUUGUUCUCAAACAAGCUUGUGACGCUCAGGAACAUCCAGACGCAGAUUCCUCAGGAUGCAGACCAACACAAGCUCAAACUGGAACAACUACUCGAGGAGAACAUUGGCAUUGACACCCAGAUCAAAAACAUCAACGAAGACUACUCAAAGGGCAGCGGACACAUCGACUCGAUCAGAAGUAACCUGGCGCAACGCGAUAUUUACAAGCGAACGAUCAAUGACAACAUCCAAUACAGGCAGCUCAAGAACAACUGCGACACACUCAAUGCACAGAUUGCCAAGAAGAAGGCUGCAGUGGCUGCAGUAAUCUCGCCAGAGGACCAGGCCACGCACAAGACACUGGCUGAGGAGAUCAGCAACUUGAAGACCAGAGUCGACAAGGCCAGUGGACAAGUCGAGGCCAACGAACAGCACAUCAAGUCUUCACAGGCCGAGCUCAACAAGCCCACGUACAAGGACAUCGAUGUGACGUAUCGCGACAUGAUCAUUUACGCCGAGGUGUUGGACCAGACGGGCAAGGACUUGGACAAGUACUACAGGGCACUGGACAAGGCUUUGAUGAAGUACCACGUGCUCAAGAUGCUAGAGAUCAACAGGUCGAUCCGCGAGCUAUGGACAUCGACCUACCGAGGCAAUGAUAUCGACACGAUUGAGAUUCGCUCAGAGGAGUCGACCGCCGCCAACAAGACAAUCAACUACCGUGUGGUCAUGGUCAAGGGCGAUGUUGAGCUGGACAUGAGAGGCAGAUGUAGUGCUGGCCAAAAGGUGUUGGCCUGUCUAAUUAUCCGUCUGGCACUGGCCGAGAACUUCUGUACCAACUGUGGCAUCUUGGCGCUGGAUGAGCCAACAUCACAUUUGGAUCGCGCCAACAUUGAGAGCUUUGCCAAUGCACUGCUAAACAUUAUCGAGGCCAAGAAGUCGCAUGCUGGCUUCCAACUGAUCAUCAUCACUCACGACGAAGAGUUUGUCCAGUACCUCAGCAGAGGUAACUAUGCAGACUAUGUUUGGAAGGUCACGAAGGAUGCAAACCAACACAGUGCAGUCGAAAAGAAGGAGAUAUCCAAGAUGUAA